AAUCCAAAACUUUUCAGUUAACCCUUAGGAUUACCCCAGAUUAAGAGGGCUUCAUCAAAGAAGGAUGAUCUGACUGAUAGGAGAACUUCAGAAUAAAAACAAGCCUGAGAAACAAUCCAGAAUCUUCCUGUGAGUACAAGAAAUGAGCACUGAGAGGCCUYUCAACAUAAUCAAACAACUAGGGCAGACAAGCAUUCCUGCCCUGGAAAAUAUAAGUGAUUUCUCCUUAAAUAUUACUGACUGCACCCAGGUUGUGGUACCAGAAGAAGUUUUUUUCACAGUUGCUGCUGUCGGCAUAUUGGAAAACCUGCUUGUCCUUAUUGCUGUCAUCAGGAAUAAGAAUCUGCAUUUGCCUAUGUACUUUUUUAUUUGUAGUUUAGCCAUUUCAGACAUGUUAGGCAGCUUGUACAAAACUCUGGAGAACAUCUUUAUUAUCUUGUGUAAAAUGGGGUACCUGACGCGUCGCGGGGACUUCGAGAAAAAGCUGGACGAUGCCAUGGAUUCCAUGUUCAUUUUGUCUUUACUGGGGUCAAUCUUCAGCUUGUUAGCUAUCGCAGCAGACAGAUACAUCACCAUCUUCUAUGCUUUACGGUACCAUAACAUCAUGACACUGAGAAGAGCCUUGGUCAUCUUGGCAAUCAUCUGGACAUUUUGCGCUGGCAGUAGUAUUGCCAUCUCUCUCUUCUCCUAUGAGGUAGCUACAGUCAUUCCCUUCACCAUUCUGUUCCCUUUAAUGAUGUUUUUCAUACUGUGCCUCUACGUCCAUAUGUUUCUCCUGGCUCGAUCUCAUGCUAAGAAGAUUGCUACAUUGCCCACCAGUGCAGUACAUCAGAGAACUAACAUGAAAGGAGCCAUUACACUGACUAUUUUCCUUGGAGUUUUCCUUUGCUGUUGGGCCCCCUUUGUUCUUCACAUUCUUCUAGCAAGGUUUUGCCCACAUAAUCCAUACUGUGCCUGCUACAUGUCCAUUUUCCACGUGAAUGGGACACUCAUAAUGUGCAAUGCAAUCAUUGACCCCAUGAUUUAUGCAUUCCGAAGCCCAGAAUUACGGAGUACAUUUAAGAAGAUGUUCUGUUGUACCAGGUCAAACUGGAACUGGUAAACACUUAAGAAAAAAUGAAUCUUACAGAAGGAUGCUUAUGGAGUGCUCUUUAGCACCAAUUUGCAGAGCUGAAAAUGCUAGUAAUUCUAUCCAAAAUAAUGCUGUUUUUGUGGGUAAAUGC